AUGCUAGAGAUGAGGAAGCAAGAAGAUCCUACCAUUGUGAGUGCCGAUGACCCACUAAUGGAUGAUGAAGAAUUCAGGAGUCGAGCCUUUCAGCGGCCAUACCAGUAUCUCACUCGGUUUUAUAACCACAUCGAUCUUGGUGUGUUCACAUAUCAGGGAGUUGAAGGGUCACAUGUGGAAUGUCUUCAGAUGUUUCUUAUGUACUGUGGCAUCAUGGACCCAUCCUGGGCAGAACUGAGAAAUUUUGCAUGGUUUCUUAACCUUCAGCUGCAAGACUGUGAGACUUCUGUUUUUUGUGAUGCUACUUUCACUGGAGAUACACUUGCUGGAUUCAAAACCUUUGUAGUGGAUUUCAUGAUUAUGAUGGCAAAGGACUUUGCCACUCCAUCACUCAGCAUCUCUGAUCAGAGUCCUGGAAGGAUGCAGAUGGACCUGACCGGUGUCCGAGAUGAAGAUUUGGCUCCUUUUUUGAUUAGGAAGAGAUGGGAAACAGAACCACAUCCAUACAUUUUCUUUAAUGAUGACCAUGUAUCCAUGACCUUCAUUGGUUUCCAUCUUCAGCCCAAUGAACAGAACUUUGUUGAUGCCAUUGAGCCUACCUCUCGAAGGGUGAUAAAAAAGAAUGUGAUGACAAGGGCACUGUAUGAAGGCCUACAGCUACAGAGAGUCCCUUUCAACAUUGACUUUGAUCACCUUCCAAGAGGGGAGAAAAUAGAGAGAAUCUGUAAUGUUCUUGGUAUCCAGUGGCCUCUCGACCCUGAUGAAACCUAUGAACUUACAACUGACAACAUACUGAAGAUGUUGGCAAUUCAUAUGCGGUUCAGGUGUGGUAUCCCAGUCAUUAUCAUGGGUGAGACAGGGUGUGGUAAAACACGGCUAAUCAAAUUCCUUUGUGAGUUGCGGAGGAGUGGAGUGGCCACUGAAAACAUGAAACUGGUCAAGGUGCAUGGAGGGACAACUUCAGAGAUGAUUUACACCAAAGUCAGAGAAGCAGAAGACAUUGCUUAUAUCAACAAGCAAGACUAUGGAUUUGACUCUGUUCUGUUCUUUGAUGAGGCCAACACUACUGAGGCCAUCGGCAGUAUUAAGGAGAUCCUCUGUGACAAGACAGUCAAGGGAGAAAGUUUGACACCCAACUGUGGACUGCAGAUUAUUGCAGCAUGCAACCCUUACAGAAAGCACACAGAUGAGAUGAUUCAGAGGUUAGAAUCUGCUGGCCUUGGGUACAGAGUUCGAGCUGAAGAGACGGAUGAAAAGCUUGGGUCUAUUCCUCUCCGACAGUUAGUGUAUAGAGUUCAAGCAUUGCCACCAAGCAUGAUUCCUCUGGUUUGGGAUUUUGGACAGUUAAAUGAUCAUGCAGAGAAAAUAUAUAUUCAACAGAUUGUGCAAAGAGUGGUUGACAACAAAGCAAUCAGUGAAAGUUUCGUUAAGUGUAUCACUGAUGUCCUUUCAGCCUCACAGAUGUAUAUGCGGACAAGAAAGGAUGAAUGCAGCUUUGUCAGCCUGAGAGAUGUGGAACGCUGUAUGCAGGCUCUGGUUUGGUUCUAUGACAAUCAUGCCACAUUUUUUGCAGAGCUGGAAGAAUUUGAGAGUAAACAACAUGCUGAUCAAAAUGAAAGGCAUCAGAGGCAGUCUGAGGUCAGACACCCUGUUUUUUGGUCUCUAGUCAUGGCCAUAGGGGUGUGCUACCAUGCCUGCCUAGAAAAUAAGGAUAAAUACAGACAGAAAAUCAGCAGAAAGCUGCCAACACCAUACAGCCCAGCAAAGAUAAUGCAGGAAAUCUCACUCAUGCAGGAUUUACUUUUGAGCGGUGUGCCAAUGGGAGAUACUAUUGCAAGAAAUAUUGCCCUCAAAGAAAAUGUCUUCAUGAUGGUUCUUUGCAUUGAGUUAAGAAUCCCUCUCUUCUUAGUUGGAAAACCUGGAAGUUCAAAGUCUCUGUCUAAAACUCUGGUGGCAGAUGCAAUGCAAGGUCAAGCUGCUCAUUCUGACCUUUACAAAAGGCUGAAACAGAUCCAUUUGGUGUCGUUCCAGUGUAGCCCUCACUCAACACCAGAAGGUAUCAUCAAUACAUUCAAACAAUGUGGACGCUUCCAGGAAGGAAAGAAUCUGAAUGAGUACAUUUCAGUUGUGGUUCUUGAUGAGAUUGGGCUGGCUGAGGACUCUCCAAAGAUGCCACUGAAAACCCUUCAUCCACUGCUAGAAGAAGGAUGCAUUGAUGAUGAGCCAUUACCACACAAAAAGGUUGGCUUCAUUGGCAUCUCCAACUGGGCUUUAGACCCUGCAAAGAUGAACAGAGGCAUUUUUGUCUCCCGUGGUGACCCUGAUGAGAAGGAACUCAUUGAAAGUGCUAAAGGCAUAUGCUCAUCUGAUAGGAUGGUUUUGGAGAAGGUGAGGGAUUUCUUCCAGCCCUUUGCAAGGGCCUACUUGAACAUCUGCCGCAAGCAAGGCAAGGGGUUUUUUGGCCUACGUGACUAUUACAGCUUGAUCAAGAUGAUUUUUGCAGUGGCCAAAGCUUCUCAACGGAAACCCACAGCAGAGGAAACUGUGAAGGCAGUGUUAAGAAAUUUCAGUGGCAAGGAUGAUGUGGAUGCAGUUACUGUCUUUACAAACAGA